UCAGCGUUUCAGAACCCAACUAUUUGAAAGCAUCCUUUCUGAGGAACGGUAUUUCCUGGCACAAGGCAGCCUUUGUCAAGUGACUCAGACUGAUUGGUUUUCAAUAUCAAUUGGCCUCAACUUACAGAGAAAAAGUGGGCACUGGGUAUCAGUUUGAUGUCAGGGUUUUUCCCUGUUUGAAGAGCUUUAAAUACAGCUAGCCUGGAAGGUGCCAGUAGGUUGAGCUCCAGACUCCUGCCAAGAUGUUCGUGGCCUCCAUCCUUGCCUCUGCCCUGCUCUUCAGUGCUAUGGGCUCUGUGCUGAGCUGGAAAUGCAGUACCACGGCUGGGAUCAUGGACACCAACUACCUUAUCAUGAAGCUGAAGGAUGACCCUGCCUCAAAAUGUAGCUGCAGUACCAACGUGACCAGCUGCUUGUGUCUUCCCAUCCCAUCCGAUGAUUGUACCACACCGUGCUUCCUGGAGGGACUGUCUCAGGUGACCAAUGCCACACAGGAUACAAAUCUCUCGGUUUUUUCCACUCGGUUGGAAAGGACAGUUGAAAGCCUAAAGAGCAACAAGUGUCUGUUUUUCUCCUGUGAAAAUCCAUGCAACCAGACCACAUCAGGCAACACGCUGUCAUUUUUGAAGAGUCUCCAGGCAACGUUCCAGAAGGCAGGGGUGCUAAGGCGGAAACAAGCGUGA